CAGCGACAUCGUUCAUCCCAUCAAGGUGGACGAGAGCGGCUCAUUCCUGUCCUACGACCUGUCCCACCGAGCCCUCCACAGAAGGUCCCCUUCCUCCAGGAGCAAGUUUCUUGCCUUCUACGAACUGCAUUACAAAGGACAACCCCUGAAAUUCAACCUGAGCCUCAACAACAACCUCCUGGCGCCCGGGUUUGUCACCGAGAGGCGAUUCGGGGGCAUCGCCAGCGCCAAGAUCCAGUCUCACACCUACAACUCCUGCCAUAUGAUCGGGGAGGUUCGGAGCCGGGCGCUGCAGGGGGGUCCGGCCGCGCUCAGCACCUGCGAUGGCCUGAAAGGCGUGUUCCAGCUCAUGGAUGAGGACUACUUCAUCGAACCAGUGUCCAGCAGGUUUCGGGAGGAUGGAGCAGCACAGCCCCACAGGAUAUACAAGCGCCAGGCACCCGAGCUGGGGGCAGAGCCAGGCAGGAGGCCACCAGCUCCACGGGAGACCUGUGGUGUGCAAGAAUCCCAGGAAAGCCUGGAGAGGUCUGAGAAGCGAAGGGAAAGGUGGGAACAGAGGCAGCACAGGAGGAGAAGAAUAAAGCAGCGCUCCAUCAGCAAGGAGAAGUGGGUGGAAACACUGGUGGUGGCAGACACCAAGAUGAUAGAAUACCAUGGGAGCGAGAACAUCGAGAAGUACGUGCUGACUGUGAUGAACAUGGUGGCGGGUCUGUUCCACCACGCCAGCAUUGGGAACCCCAUCAACAUUGCCAUAGUGCGACUCAUCCUGCUGGAGGAUGAAGAGGAGGAUCUGAAGAUCUCCCACCACGCAGACAACACCUUGAAAAGCUUUUGCAAAUGGCAGAAGAGCAUCAAUGUCAAAGGAGAUUCCCAUCCACUCCAUCACGACGUUGCAGUCCUGCUCACAAGGAAGGACAUCUGCGCAGCGAUGAACAGACCCUGCGAGACCCUGGGGCUGUCCCACGUGGCGGGGAUGUGCCAGCCCCACAGGAGCUGCAACAUCAACGAGGACACGGGGCUGCCGCUGGCCUUCACUGUGGCCCAUGAGCUCGGACACAGUUUUGGGAUUCAGCAUGAUGGAAGCAGCAAUGACUGUGAGCCAGUUGGGAAAAGACCUUUCAUCAUGUCUCCACAGCUCCUGUAUGACACGUCCCCACUCACCUGGUCCCGCUGUAGCCGGGAGUACAUCACACGAUUCCUCGACCGGGGCUGGGGGCUGUGCCUGGAUGACCCCCCAGCCCAUGAGGUCCUGGACUACCCUUUGGUACCCCCGGGUGUCCUCUACGACGUGGGCCACCAGUGCCGGUUGCAGUACGGCGCCUACUCCACCUUCUGCGACGACAUGGACAGCGUCUGCAACACGCUGUGGUGCACGGUGGGGAACACGUGCCACUCCAAGCUGGAUGCUGCUGUUGAUGGCACGGCAUGUGGGGAGAACAAGUGGUGCUUCAAUGGGGAGUGCGUGCCCGUGGGUUUCCGUCCUGAUGCCAUCAAUGGUGGCUGGAGCUCCUGGACACAGGCAGUUGAGCUGUUUAAAGCAGCACUGUGUCAUCUCGGUCCCAGGUCAAGAGCUGGGCCGAAGUACGGGGGCAGGUACUGCCUGGGGGAGCGGAAGCGGUUCCGGAUCUGCAACGUCCGUCUGUGUCCCCCCGACAAGCCCUCCUUCCGCCAGGUCCAGUGCAGCCAGUUCAACCCCAUGCUCUACAAAGGGAAGUUCUACAAGUGGACACCAGUGCCCAACAACAUGAACCCCUGCGAGCUGCACUGCCGCCCGGAGCACGAGUACUUCGCGGAGAAGCUGCGGGACGCGGUCAUCGACGGGACACCGUGCUAUGAGAUGAACGCCAGCCGUGACCUCUGCAUCAACGGCAUCUGCAAGAACGUGGGCUGCGACUACGAGAUCGACUCCAACGCGGUGGAGGACCGGUGCGGCGUGUGCCAUGGGGACGGCUCCACGUGCCACACCGUCCACAAGACCUUCGAGGACAGCGAGGGGCUGGGUUAUGUCGAUAUUGGGAUUAUCCCUGUGGGAGCCCGGGAGAUCCGGAUUGAAGAAGUUGCAGAAGCUGGGAAUUUUCUGGCGCUGCGGAGCGAGGACCCGGAGAAGUAUUUCCUGAAUGGAGGCUGGACCAUCCAGUGGAAUGGGGACUACAGGGUGGCAGGAACUACCUUCACCUACAAGAGGACAGGGAAUUGGGAAAACCUCACCUCGCCGGGGCCCACCGUGGAGCCUGUGUGGAUCCAGCUGCUGUUCCAGGAGACCAACCCGGGCGUGCGGUACCAGUACACGAUCCAGCGCCCCGCAGACAGCGAGAACGACAUCGAGCAGCCCGAGUUCCUCUGGCGCUUUGGCUCCUGGACCACGUGCACCGCCACGUGUGGCACCGGUGAGCCCGGCUCCCGGACCAGCGCGUGCCUUAGGAAUUCCUGCGUCUUCGGUUUCGGGAG